AAGAACAGAACUGCUGAGCUUAAAAGCAGACAAAGAUGUUCGUGUUGUGGGGCUUACAGAACCUGGAAGCCCUAUGAUGACGCAUCGUUCGAUGGAACUGAGAGCUUUAGAACAGCAAAGAUUCAGUGAAAAUGACUUAGCAGGGAGUAAAGAUAAAAUUAGAGAUGUUGUGAAUUUGUGGAGAGGUUCCAAUCCUGAUUAUAAUGCCAACAAAACAGCAGCAGAUGUUGCCUUGGCCUUGAAGCAGUUUAAACAGAUUGCACAGCAGCCUCAAAACACUGCCUCCUCCAGAGCACGUUUUCGACAUGCUGCAUUACGUAGUAUAACAAGACAAAAACAGGUCGCCAAAGAACCUGAUAAAGAUCAUGAACAGCAAUUGAAUCUUCUCACAAAGUCACUCUGUGGAUCAAGAAUAUUUGGUGCAGAUGAUAAAGCCUUCAGCUUCAGUGCAGCUUCAUAUUCUGUUGUAAAAAGUGCUAAAAAGCUUACUGUAGAGGUGCAACUCAACCAAAGGAUAUCCAGAUCACCAUGUGUUUCCCGUAAAGCAGUGAACCCAGCAUCGCCUUAUGAUCCAACAACGCCCAUUAAUGCAGUGAAGUGGGGACAGUUUACCAUCCCAAUUAUUAAAACUGAUCAUGUGGAAAGCAAUGGAGUACCAUUAUCACGUCCAAAACUUCCUGGGAACAUGCCACUAAGAGAAAGCAUUAACAAUGUGCAGGACACACCCUCUGAAAGCAACAGUGAGCUUCAAGUUGGGGAAGAUACUACUCAGUCUUGUACUGCUGUGUUUUGUGUUGAUUACGAGACUCGUGACGGCAGCGCAAAAAAUGGAAAAGAUUAUCACAGUUUAAAAGGCACACUGUCAUUUAAACCAGGAGAUAUCAAGAAGACACUAACAAUAACCAUAAUUCAUCACGAUGGAUACGCACUGGACAAGGACUUCUAUGUGAUAUUGAAAAAUCCUGUGGGAAGUGCUGAACUGGGAGAACCUAAUCUGACUCGGAUCACAAUUAUUGACGAUGAUGAGCCUGGGGAAUUUUCCUUUGAACAAGCAAGUUAUCAUGCUAAUAUUAUAACAGGAGAAGUUACCUGUAACAUUAUCAGAAGGAAGGGCUGCGAUGGUAUGGUGACUUUGACCUACAACACAAUGAAUGGUACAGGAACCGGUGGCACUCAAGAAGAUCUAGAACAGAAGAAGUGCGACUAUGAACAGGCAACGAAUGAGAAGCUGUAUUUUCAGCAUGGAGAAACGUCAAAACUACUCAUAAUAAGAGUUAACCCUGACUGUAAGAAUAAAAACUUCAUUGUGCUACUGAGUGAUCAAAGUCCAGGAGCUAAAAUAGGACAAAAAAGUGCGGCAGUUGUAAACAUAACAAAUGAUGUCGAUAAUAUUGUUGAGCGUGUUGCAAACAUCAUGACUGCAGAAGAUGAGCAAAGCCUCAGCAAAACUUGGAGAACACAAUUUGAAGAGGCGAUGGUUAUUCAAGGAGAAGAGGAUGACCAAGGGAAUGUAGAACCACUCAGCACCAUGGAUUUUUUGCUUCAUUUUCUCACAUUUUUCUGGAAAGUUUUAUUUGCCUUUAUUCCUCCAAGGAACUGUCUUGGAGGAUGGCCAGCAUUUGUAGUUUCUCUGUUAGUCAUAGCAGGGCUGACUGCUCUUGUUGAACAGCUUGGCAAACUGUUAGGUUGCGUGGCUGGUCUUAGGAACAGCGUUAGUGGCAUCACCAUCAUUGCCAUUGGCACCAGUUUACCAGACACCUUUGCUAGUCGCAGUGCUGCAUUACAUGAUAUUGGUGCAGAUGCUUCUAUUGGAAACAUUACAGGUUUGUGUAGUCCAUUCCAUAAAUAUAACAACAUAACAAGUUAUUCCUGGCCAAAAAUUAUCUUCAACUGAACCUUUGUUGUGUCAUCACCAUUCAACCCAAGCUGUUUAUUGAGAGCAAGUGCAUCACCUGUGAUGCAAUAGGUUUUCAGUCUGUACAUGUAAUGAUGUAUAUGAGCCAAGUGGCCUAUCUGGACAGUGCUUAUCUCCAGAUUCAUUAGCAUGAAGCAACUACAGUGUAGGAGUAUUUCUACUCCCUGCUGGAUGGGAUGCUAGUCCGUAGCAGGGUUAC